UUUAAUACUACGGCACAAAGCGCCACUGAUCCGAACAGAACAGGUGGUCCGAUCGCCACCCGCCUCGUCGUCUUCCUCGCGAACUCUCCACCCCCACCACCAUGGCGAUGGCGAUGGCGAUGCGACGCGCGGCGGCGCUCGGCGCGCGCCACAUCCUCGCCGCCUCGUCCACCUCCUCCUCCGGCGUCCUCCUCCGCCGCCACAUGAGCGUGGACGCGGGGGCGGCGAUGGAGAAGGUACGGGCGGCGGGGCUGCUCCGGACGCAGGGGCUCAUCGGCGGCAAAUGGGUGGACGCCUACGACGGCAAGACCAUCGAGGUUCAAAAUCCAGCAACUGGAGAGACUCUUGCCAAUGUGUCCUGUAUGGGCAGCAAAGAAACAUCUGAUGCAAUAGCUUCAGCUCACAGUACAUUCUAUUCUUGGAGCAAACUCACUGCAAAUGAGAGGAGCAAGGCUCUAAGAAAAUGGCAUGAUUUAAUUAUCUCACACAAGGAAGAACUUGCACUUCUCAUGACACUGGAGCAAGGGAAACCUAUGAAAGAGGCUCUUGUUGAGGUCACAUAUGGUGCAAGUUUUAUUGAAUACUUUGCUGAAGAAGCAAAGCGUAUAUAUGGUGAUAUUAUUCCCCCAACUCUAUCUGAUCGUAGAUUAUUGGUUUUGAAGCAGCCUGUUGGAGUAGUUGGAGCUGUUACACCAUGGAAUUUUCCUUUAGCGAUGAUAACCAGAAAGGUUGGACCAGCAUUGGCUUGUGGCUGCACUGUCGUUGUCAAGCCAUCAGAGUUCACACCUUUGACAGCACUUGCUGCAGCAGAUCUUGCUCUUCAAGCUGGAAUACCAGCUGGCGCAAUAAAUGUUGUGAUGGGUAAUGCUCCUGAGAUAGGUGAUGCUCUACUCCAGAGUACACAGGUCAGAAAGAUUACAUUCACAGGGUCAACAGCUGUUGGCAAAAAACUGAUGGCUGGAUCAGCAAAUACUGUGAAGAAGGUUUCUUUGGAGCUUGGUGGCAAUGCACCUUGCAUUGUUUUUGAUGAUGCAGACAUUGAUGUUGCCAUUAAAGGCAGUCUUGCUGCUAAGUUCCGUAACAGCGGACAGACAUGUGUAUGUGCAAACAGGAUAUUGGUGCAAGAAGGUAUUUAUGAAAAAUUUGCAAGUGCGUUUAUCAAGGCUGUUCAGAGUUUGAAGGUUGGUAAUGGGCUUGAAGAGAGUACAUCACAGGGCCCUCUGAUCAAUGAAGCUGCUGUUCAGAAGGUAGAGAAGUUCAUAAAUGACGCCACUUCAAAGGGAGCAAACAUCAUGCUUGGUGGUAAAAGGCACAGCCUUGGGAUGUCAUUCUAUGAGCCAACUGUAGUAGGGAACGUCAGCAAUGAUAUGCUUCUUUUCAGGGAAGAAGUCUUUGGUCCAGUUGCACCACUUGUACCAUUCAAAACUGAGGAAGAUGCAAUCCGUAUGGCCAAUGAUACCAACGCAGGCUUAGCUGCAUAUAUCUUCACAAAGAGCAUACCUCGUUCAUGGCGCGUUUCGGAAGCUCUUGAAUAUGGACUAGUCGGUGUGAACGAGGGGAUCAUCUCAACAGAGGUUGCGCCGUUUGGCGGCGUCAAGCAAUCUGGCCUUGGGAGAGAAGGAUCAAAAUACGGCAUGGACGAGUACCUGGAGCUCAAGUACAUUUGCAUGGGAAACCUGAACUGAUCCACUUGAGAGUACCGUGCGUCUUAAAACCGAAGUACCUGGCUGGUGAUGAAUCGAAGCCGGGGGCAAGAGUAGCUGCAAGAACUGAAGAGCACUGAGGCUACUUGCACCUGCAGGACAGGUUAGAAACUUAGAAUAAUAAUAAGAAGAAAUAAUAAAAAUAAAGUGGAGUAAGCUAAGCCAGGGAGCCGGAAUAAAAAGUUCCCCAAUGAGUUGUACAUGAUGUGAACCGUAAAGCACGGCUUCAUCUCCGAGCUUUGUUUGGUACUAGUACUACCUGAGAAAUCAUCACGCUACUCAUAUCAGUAGUGUCCA